UUUCCUCCUCUCAAGACCCGGUCCGAAGAGAUGGAGAUGAUGGAGUCGCAGACGCUGCUGCUGACUCUGCUGGCGGUCAAGAUGGAGAAGGGUCUUGCUCGGUUCGAAGAAGAGGCCGAAAAACACUUAUUAAAACUGUGCAAAGAGAAGGAGGAGCUGCAGAGAAAGACCCACGAGCUGCGGCGCAGACUUCUCCUCUGCCAGAAGAAGCGGGAGCUGGAGGAGGCGCUUGACGCCCAGAUGGAGAUGCUCAGUCCCUUCGAGGCAGUGGGCGAACGCUUCCAGGAGCAGUACAGGACGCUCGCCACGGCCCUGGACGCCACCCGGCACGAGCUGCCCGUGAGGGCGAUCCACCUGGAGGGCGACGGGCAGCAGUUCUUAGUUACUCGUGCAUGAGGGCAGAUGUCUGCGCCUCUGACUGACAUCUCCAGGUGGGGGAGACAAACACGGGUCACACCCCAUAUGCACCCCCAUCCGACAUUCAGGUAAGAGAUGCACGUCUUCGCCUCAAGUGGUUUGGGCAUACGGUUUGGGUCUGGACUUUCACCUUAAUGCCACCAACCGUCAGGGUCCCCGCUGUGGCCUCUGCGAGGGCUUCAGCAGCAGGUGUGGUUUUGCCAUGGUGGAUCGGGGAGAGGAGACACAACUGCAAUUUCCAUCCAAGCCUCCACCCCAAACCCAUCGUCUUAAUCUGUUCAGGCUGCUAGAAUGAAAUGCCACAGACUGGGUGGCUUAUUAUCAACAAGAGAAGUUGGGUUUCUCACAGUUUUGGAGGCCAGGAGUCCCAAGUUCAAGGUGCUGGCAGAUUUGGUGCCUGGUGAGGCCUGCUUCCUGACUGGCCGCCUUCUGUCCGUGUCCUCAUGUGGUGGGAAGAAUGAGGGAGCUCUCUGGGGCCUCUUUUAAGGGCACUACUUCCAUUCAGGAGUGCCCCCCUCGUGACCUAACCACCCCCCAAGGCUCCACCUCCUAAUCCCAUCACCUUUGGGGGCCGGGUUUCCAGCAUAGGAAUGUGGGUGGCGGACACACACGCAGACCACAGCACCCACCAACCCCACAUUUCUGUGUCCUCUCACGCCAGGGCUAACCUAAAGCCGCCUGGGUCUAGGAAUCCUGGAAACUGUUCUGCGCACUUGACUUUAUUCCCACUCGUGAGCUUUGAGGAAGCUUUGAGUUCACAGCAGGGGCUGAGCCGAGGGACCUUGGCCCUUUUGUCAUUCUUUCUCUGGAUUAAUCUGAUUAUUGCCCAUGAUGAUUCCAGGUGUGGUUACACAUUGUAAUCUCUGCCUUCCAGGUUUUCAAAUUUCUACAAACUGGAGUAAAUAUAGCAGACUUGUUGGGGCUGUUUCAAAUAUUGAAGGA